AGACCCCUGUGUCCCGUGCUGUGACUUGCGCGCUGUCCCGAUCUACCCCCAAGCAAUACCUGGAUAGUUUCACGGGACCAGUGAACGCACAACAUGAAUACACGAUAACUGGGACAGCAUAUAGACAGGUAUAGGCUCUAGUUAGCGAGCAACAUGAUUGCAGUAGCUGUGACUGUCCUUCUGAUCUGUGUUCUGUUCUUUGACCUGAGACGACGUCUUCGUCAACUUCCGCUUCCGUAUUAUGAGGGACGUCACGUGGUCAUAACCGGAUGUGACACGGGCUUUGGACACAUGCUAGCUAAGGAGCUGGAUGCCAGAGGCCUCUCUGUUUUUGCCGGAUGUUUAACAAACAAUGGCGAGGAGAAGUUGAAGAAAUCGUGCUCACGUAAAUUAAAGACUUUUCCACUGGAUGUGUCUGACCCUGACUCAAUUAAGAAGGCCCUCCUUUAUAUAAAAGCACAACUUCCAGAUGACACAGGAAUCUGGGCUCUAGUCAACAAUGCCGGUGUAGCGGGCAGUGUGGGGCCUGUCGACUGGCUCACACGACGGGACUACGAGGUCGUUAUGUCAGUCAAUUUGUACGGAAUGAUUGAUAUGACCAACGCCUGCCUACCACUCCUCAGGAAGGAAAAGGGGCGUGUCGUCAACAUGACUAGUAUCUGCGGGAGAAUAACUUUGGCCCCGACGCCAUAUUGUGCAUCUAAAUACGCAGCAGAGGCCUAUUCGGACUGCCUAAGACGAGACCUGUACAAGGAAGGGAUAUCAGUCCACAUCAUAGAACCUGGCUAUUUCGCCACAAACAUGACCAAUCCAGACAACCUUGUCCUGUUGUUGCAGGAGGCCUACAACAGGUGUGACCCCGAGGUCAAGGAAUACUACGGCAAAGGCUAUGUCGAACAAGCUGUUGACAAAGGAAAGACAUUCCUGAGCGCCGUCACCAAUAGCAACCCCGGUCAAGUGGUCGAUGCUUACCUUAGCGCCGUGUGUUCGCGCUACCCCACUCAUAGAUACGUGGUGGGACUGAGCGCACAGGUCCUUUACCGGAUCUUGUGGAAUUUACCAGAGAUCAUUUCUGAUUUUAUAUUGUGUUCAAAACGUCCGGUUCCUGAAAAUUAUAGGAAAUCUUGACGGUUUCUGUUAGUCAGAAUAAUUUAUGUAAUGUUGAAUGUUAGG